AUGCGGCAGACCCAGAGGCUCAAGAACUUCCACUGCGCAGAAGACCGCGCAACCUUCUCUCCUUUCACGGAUCUGGGGCAGUUCGGACCGAUUCGCUUGUGGCCGGCCAUUCCAUCCAAGCUGCUACUUGUAGCUAGGCUCCAGAGGAGUGCUGCAUUGAGUCCGCUAGACUCUAGACAUGCCUCGCGUUUCAAUCCGUCUUCUUUGUAUGAUGUCUCCCCACAGCUGGGCGCAAAGGUCUCAAAAUAUGGGCCACAUACUCAAGCUGUCUUGCAGCUCCUGUGCGUCAAGAGUGGCCCUUCAGAUGCCUAA